GGGCGCUUGUCCCAAGAUGGAUCAUUGCGUUACCGACAUGAGGCAUAAGUAUUCGGCUCGGUAGGUCUUACAUCACCUCGACAUGCUUCUAAGCAAUCGCUCUGUAUGGCGGUGCCGGCGGUUCGCGCGUUGUUAUUUCAAACACCACCGGCCAAUCUUCCACACAAGGACUCGAACAUACGCCAAGCCUCUUGCUGCACCCCCUGCCAGCAUUGGGUUGUUUGCGGCAUUCUCGCGUCCUCGGCUCCUGGACUCGCUCGUUGUAUAAUCUCAGAGACAGUAAUUGCAGAGGAGCGGGGACACCAUCGCGCUGAGCACCAGGGAAAUCUGAACGUUGUUCGAUCAACAUGGCACCAACACGUGGGCCAAUAUUCUCAGGCGCAAUUAAUGAUAGUCAGGCGCGCUGCCAUAUAUGUAAGUAAAAGAUUUGAAAAUCGGAUUACCACCUUUCUACCAGAAACAGUAGUCAACAAGUCUGGUCUAGUCUUACCCUCCUCAUGUUUCGGGCGCUCGCCACGGGCCCUAUUAAUGCAGCGAUGGUGGGGCAUUCAGUUAGGCGCAUGCUCGAUCAACUUGCUUAAGGCCAUCGUCGUCGCAAAGAACUGACCUGGAGAGGGCUUAUCUCUGGGUCCAGCACCUGACCACGGAAAAUCCCACGUUUUCCCCGCACAGCAGUAUCAAAUCCGGACCCAUCAUACCAUCAACAACCGUGGCGUUGGCGCUCGCUUGGCCCAACUCAAAUAUCAGUGUCCCAUGACAAUCACUUUUAGGCCAAUAAUGUUAUCGCAGCUCCUCGCUGCGCCAUCAGCAAAGGGGGGAGGGGGACGAGUAGCUCAGCUUGAAAGGCU